AUGGCGGCCAAGGCUCCAGGGGGAGUGGAGAGCGGGGACCGGGGCGACGGAGGGGCUUCGAGUGCUGUUGUAGUGCCCGCCGGUGGCGGGGGUUCGCCUCCUGUCAGUGCGGAUUUACAAAGUGUGUUGGUCACGAGUGUCCUGAACUUGGAGAGGCUGGAGGUGGACCUGUACAGAGGAACACACCACUGGAUCCCGAGGAGUCGCAUGUUAUUUGGUGGGCAGAUUGUUGGCCAAGCACUGGUAGCUGCUGCAAUGUCUGUACCUGAGAGUGUUUUUGCUCAUUCGUUGCACUGUUACUUUGUUCGUGCAGGUGAUCCCGAUGUGCCAGUUGUGUACAGAGUGGAUCGUACUCGAGACGGUAAAAGCUUUUCUGUCCGUUCAGUGAAAGCCAUCCAGCAUGGGCACCCAAUUCUAAUUUGCCAGGCUUCUUUCCAGAAGAAAAUGGAGAGCCCAAUUCAGCACCAGUUUACCAUGCCGGUGGUUCCUGCCCCUGAAAACGUAUUAACCCAAGAGGAACUCAUUGAAAAAUACUUGAGAGAUCCAGAUUUAACAGAGAAUUAUAAAAUGGGUCUGACGAAAAUGUUAGCUGAAGAGGUUCCAAUUGAAAUCAAACCCAUAAAUCCACCAGAUUACUAUAGACGUGUACCCACAGAGCCUGUACAAAGGUUUUGGGUACGAGCACGUGGCUACAUAGGUGAUGGGAACAUGAAGUUGCAUUGUUGUGUUGCUGCAUACAUUUCUGACUAUUCCUUCUUGGCAACUGCAUUACUGCCUCACAUGAACUACAGGGUAAAGUUCAUGGCAUCCCUGGACCAUUCCAUGUGGUUUCAUGCCCCAUUCCGGUCUGAUGAGUGGAUGUUAUACGAAUGUGAGAGUCCUUGGUCUGGUGACUGCAGAGGUCUGGUACAAGGUCGCCUAUGGAAGCAGAAUGGAGUCUUAGCAGUUUCUUGUGCUCAAGAGGGAGUAUUUUAUGUGAAGCCAGCAACUAGCAAAAGCAAGUUGUGACUGAGAUGGCUAAUUGCCAAUUAACCCACCUCAGCAUUUUUAGCAUGUAUUUACUAAUGUAUUGUCUCAUUUGUCAAGGGAUGAUAGCUGUAAUAUUGUAAAUCUGUUUAUUUUCUGUGAAGCUUUUCCAGUAAUUCUCCUCAUAUUCGUACAAGAAAAAAAAUCCUAUGUAUAAUAGUUUUAUACAAUAGAUACAGCAGACUGGAGAGACUCAGCAGGCCUGUUGUUCUUUGGAGUUCCAAACAAAAAUUGUACAGGGUUCAAUGGUAAAUCUUUGUCUGUCUGUCUGUCUCUCUCCACACCUAUGCCUUCGAUACUGGUAAACCCGUUGAGUCUUUAGCUUAUUCUCUUUUUUAUAUAUAUAGAUGUUCAGUAGCUUUUGUUUUUACCUACCUCUUUUACAGUGCUUUUGGUCAUCUGCCCAGGCACCUCAAAUGUAACUUGGUAUCAUCUUUUGUUUUAUGUUCUCUGUGAAAUACUUUGGGAUGUUUUAUUACAUUAAAGGCCAAAUAAACGGAAACUGUUAUCACCAGGA